GGGAGGGAGGGAGGGAGGGAGGGAGGGAGGGAGGGAGAGAGAGAGAGAGAGAGAGAGAGAGAGAGAGAGAGAGAGAGAGCUGUUUCUAGAGGAGCAAGCCAUGGCAGGAAAGAGGAAGUGUUUCUUUUGGUUGUUGAUGCAUGCAGCUGUCAAGAGGAGGGAGCUGUAAGGCUCUCACCCUGCCCCUGUACUCUCUACUGGGGACAGAGCCUCACCUUCCCAAGAGACACCACCUGGACUCUAUCCCUGACUUUCUCUGUUGUAGCUGAGCCAUGUGGAAUGGCUCUACAUGGAUGGCUGGGAAGAAGAGUACAUCCUGGCUCUCUAGGAGACAGGACCAAGGUGAGGAGUUACAAUCUGGAGGUUGCAAACAAGACCACCCUGAAGUAGGAGUCCAAACCCUACAGCGAUGCCUACGUUUCCCUCUAACUCAGUGACUGAGACUUCUAACCGUCAACUUGGCACAGUCUAGAGGCACCAGAGGUGAGAGUCAUGAUGGAGGGAUUAUCCAGACCAGGACAAUUCAUCCCAGGAUCUCCCAAUUCCAGAACUUUCUGUCAUGGUUAAGGGAUCUCUGACAUCUAACCAUUCCUGCCUGGGAACGAGGAGUCUGGAGGUGGUGAGCAGAAAUGUUCUGGGUCUUCGAGGAGUUCCUGCAGGGCAGUCACUAAUGGAAGAAUAAGCUCCGAAAUACAAGAGCGAGUUUCGUGAAUGAUGCUAAUUCAGUUGUGAUUGCCACUUGCUGGUGGAACGCAGGUCACAGCGCAUCUUCCACAGAGAAGUUUUAACAAAAUGCCCCCACAGCUAAUUGCAGACUUCCUAUGGAAAUUCAAGCAGAAGUCUGUAAUUUAUUAAAUGGUUGAAGUUGGAAGCCUCGUAAAAUCGCUGCAGACAUGGGCAGCUGGAUCAGCCAGGGGAGCAUCGGAGGAAUGGUGAACGAGGAACAGAGUGGUCUCCUGGAGAGAUAUUGGGGCCUCAGUGUUAUCAGGACGCUGAAGAGGCACACUCAGAAGCCUUAGAACCAGGAACAGACAGACCCCCGCCAGAGGGAACUGAUCUGGGCUAAGGAGGCCCGGGAUAUGUGACAUGUUGGGAAAAUACCUAAAGGACAUGUGAUUUGAAGGGCAACGUGGACGACAAGCCAAGAAAGUCUUUUAUGACAGUAACAGAGGCCACCAAAACAGGUGCUGGGGGUGGAACACAGGCUCUCCUGCUUGGCCAGAAAGAACUUUGUUGACUGAGCCAUCUUCCACAGCCCAGGUAUGACGCUUUUGCAAGCAGAAGCAGAAGUGGCAAAUGUUCUGAGGGCCUGAGUUCUUCUUUGGUCAAAUGCUGUCCUCAGAGACAGCUGUCCCUAGGGUGCAAAGCUGCCAGGACCCCACGGUGGGCUCUCUUUUCCAUUCAGCAGACUGAGAGACUGUCAUUUCGCAUGCCUGCACUUUGGAAGCCCCCUCUACUCCUCAGUAGCUUGUGUUAUUUCCUGAGAAAAGUCCUGGCAACAGGCUGUGUGAAUUCUUCCUAUCUAGGUGCACCUCCUGUAGAGUGUUGCUCCCGACUCUGGGCUGAUACCUCCCAGACUGUCCACUGUAUGGAGUGCUAUUCUCAUCACCUUCAAGAAGGGCAGCUCAGACCCAGCUCCUCGUCCCUGAAUCCUCCCGCCCUGGCAAUGUGUCCCGGAACAGGUGCAGGCUUUGAGUUAACUGAAUUUUGCCAAGAACUCUGAAAACCUGCAUCCCACUUACUGGCAGUGAUGGAUGGGCCUCUCUGCUGGGGAUGAAGCCCUGGUCAUGGACCACUGAUGUGUUAGGAGAGAAUUCACAGUGUAACAUUUACUUUCCAGCAACAGGGCUGGGAACAGAAGGCCACAGGAGCUGAAGGGAGGUGCACCUCCCCAGCAGGUGGCUUUUGGCUCCGUCUACUGUUUAGGACUUAGAUACAAUGAAAGUACUGAAGGUCUCUGGAUACCUGGAUGCCCGUCUCAUGUCCCAAGUCAUGCCCAGGGUUAGGACCAAGAGUGGAAUUUUAAGGUGGUACAGCCGGUCUUGCAGUCACUGUCAGAGAUGCAUUUUCCUCUUGGCUGAGGGUGUCUUUGUUGUGGGACAGCAGCAAAUAUCACUGACAGAUACAAGUCUGAAAGUUGUUGAGGGCAGAUGGGAAAUACACACCCGCCAUCUUGGCUGCUUGAGAGACUCGGUCUGUGGAUCCUCUCAUUCCCACAUGAGAGCCCACAGUGGGGACUUGUGGCAGAAGGGGUGGAAAGGGAGCUUAUGUAAGUUCUUAGCUUCUGUUCUAUGAGGCACAGGGGGCCUGCACUCCUACCUGAGUUGUGGGUGUAUCCAACAUGCAGACAUUGUAAAGUGACAUUACCCUCUGUGAUAUCCAUGCUGAAUAUGCUCAUGGGUGAGUUAAAGAGGAGAAUAGGGGUGGGGGAAGACUCAGUGAUUAAAGCUCUGGUCACUUAAAUGUAAGGACCUGAGACCACAACCCACACAAAUCUGAACGCGUCUGUGAUGAGAUGGGAGGCAGAGACAGGAGGAUUCCUGGCUUAGCACACACAGCAGCAAACCAGAGACUCCGCCUCAUUAGAGGUGGGAGGCAGGGAGGGGUCUCCACAGGGGUCACUCACCUUGUCAGCUUCUAAUUCCAACACUCGGUGCCAAGACAGGAGCACUGUUUUGGGAGGUGGUGGGACCGGCUAGAGGAGGUAGGGUAGAGAGAUAGGCAUUGAAGAUCUCACCCAGUCCCUGUUUCCUGUCUGUCUCUGGGCUUCCUGUCCACCAUGAAGAAGUUCCUCCGUCACAAACUUUCACCACCGUCAUGUUCUGCCCACAUGCAUGGUGGGGGCAUGAACUGUGGACUGGAAACAGAGAAACUGCUGUCUGAAAGGAAUACUUCCUCUCAGGAAGUCGCUCCAUCUUCCUUGGGUCUUUGUCAUGGCGAUAGUCCAAGUCACUAAUUCAGGAGAUGGGGAAAUGUCUUAGGGGUUAAAGUGCCUGCUUCCCAAAUAUGAGGCCCUGGGUUCGAACCCUUGGAACCCGACUAAAGCCAGACCAGAGAGUGUGUUUCUGUUCAUCUGUUGCAGGAGAAGCCUUGGGAUCGCACAGGCCAGCUAGCCUGGUGCGUAUAGCAGCAGAGGACAGAAGGAGCUGGCCUGGAACGAGGUGGGGAGUGGGGAUAGACAUCUAUGAUUGUCUUCUGAACUCCACAAGCCAAGCCAUAGCAGGUACACACACACACACACACACACACACACACACACACACACACACACACACAUGCACGCAUGCACGCACAGAGUAACUUAUACAGGAACAUUUAAGGGCCAGCUUGUCACCCCAGCUCCUGCCCUCCCUUCCACUGGCUUGGGACACACAUCAGGAAUAUAAACCUGGGAUGCAGCCCAGGCAGACAGUACUGACACUCCACCUGUAUGAGGGGACAUCAUUUCUCCCCCAACAGAGGUGGCAGGGUCAGGCCCAGCACGGGAGAGCACAUUUGUUCUCAUCCCACCAGGGGCUCAUUUACUAAAUCCUCCCAACCCAUGAGUUGUGGUCUCACUGGGAUAAAAAUGGCUUCCUGGUGUCUCUCCAGACACUCAGCUGUUUUACAGCGGGGCAGUCAAUCUUCCUGAGCCUUCAGAGGACAGAAACACAUUGUCUCCUUUCUCUCCUUUUGUGUCUAUGUUUUAACAGCUGAUAUGAGUGUACCACAGAUUUCCCAUGAAGUCCUCUGUUGUGGGGUUUUGCUGAGUGGGCUAAUUAAUUAACCUGAUAAAUAUUUAUGCACGGCGUUAUUACUUUCCCAUUGCCGUGGCCUAAACGUGCCUCACCUGACUGAAACAACUUAACGGAAGAGAGGCUUGAUUUAUGUAUGUGUAUUUUUGUUGGUGGGUUGGGAGAAAGACAGAGACAGAGACAGAGAGACAGAGAGACAGACAGAGACAGAGACAGAGACAGAGACAGAGAGAGCACAUGUCGAGAGGCCAGAUGUUGACAUCAGGAGUCUUCUUGUUUUUUUCUUUUUCUUCUUUUGUUUCUCUAAGACAAGAUUUCUCUGUAUAGCCUUGACCAGAGAUCUCACUCUGUAGACCAGGCUGGCCUCGACCCCACAGAGAUCUGCCUGCCUCUGCCCUCCUAGUGCUGGGAUUAAAGGUCUGUGCCACUGUCAUCCAGCAUCAGGAGUUUUCCUUAGUCAGUUUCUGUCUUAGUUUCUGAGUCACGAUUCCCCACCAAACUUGGGCCUUGCUAAUUCAGCUAGAUUUGCUGGCCUAGGGAGCCCCAGGGAUCCUCUCAGUUUUGCCUACCCAGCUCUGGGAUUACAGGUGUAUGGCACCACGCAAAGGUUUAUAUGGGUGCAGGGAUUGGACCUCAGUCCCUGGUUUUGCGGAGGAAGUAGUCUACUAACUGAGCUGUCUUUGCAAACCCAGGAAAGGUUUAAUUUAGCUUCCAGAGGGCUUCCAGUCCACCAUGCCAGGUAAAACUUAGUUAGAGCAGUUUAGCCUGUGGUGGUAUGGUCAUAAGGUGGAGACAACUUAUUUCUAAGUGGACCAGGCAGUAGAGAGAGUGGGUGAGAAGCCCUCUGCUGGAGAGGGUGCUGGUCUGAGUCACAUCCACCCUCAGUGGCAUCUGUCCAAACAGGGCACAAGGGCACCCAUGCUAUCUCCAGCCUGAAGGCAGCCCUGGGUGUCUUUAUUUUCAGAGUCCCCUCUGGGUUGCCCUGGGGCUUUCUCUGGAGUCUCAGAGAAUCUCAAUAACCUAUUUAUAAUCCUGUGUCACCCCUCUCCUCUCCAUGGGAAGAGAGAGGAGGGGACUGUUUUAGAUGUAAUCAUGUGCUCAAUAAUGAUGAAAUUCUAACCCCUGAGGCCUGGAAUGCAGCCUUAUUGGGAAAUAAGUUCUUUGCAUAUAACCAAAUUAAGACAAGGUCCUUAGGCAGGCCCUGUGGUGGUUCAUUCUAAUUGUCAAUUUAUGGGAUUUAGAGUCAUGUUGUGGAGGGGGUUGUUGUAAGGGUGGAGGGGUAGGGGUAAGUAGGUGACGGGAUGAGGGAGCAGGGACCUCUGGGCAUGUCUAUGAGGGAGUUUCUAGAUUGGGUGAACUGAGGUGGGAAGAUCUACCCUCAGAGUGAGCAGGACCACCCUAUUGGGUGGGGUCCUGGAGUAAAGACGAAGGGGCCAAGAGACAGGGGAGUCCCAGCAUUCAUGUCCCCCUAUGAAGUGUCAGUAUUAAUUGUCCAGCUGACAUACCUGGGAGUCACCUGGGAGAAGAGGCUCGCUGAGAGAUUAUCCAGUUCCACUCGGCUUGUGUUCAUGUUGGGGGGAGCUGGGUAGUGGGUGGGUUGAGGCUUGUCUUGAUUGCCUGAACUCACGUGCAAAGCCCCAACCUGAAAGUGGCCAUCAGCAACCCCUUGUUUAGGGGCCUGCAUGGACAAGGGUAGAGAGAGCCCCCUGACUGCUAGGUGCACCUUUACUCAUUUCUCUCUCUUCCUCACCAUGGGUAGGAUGUGGUUGCCUUAAACCCCUGCAUUGCCUUACCAGACGUGAUGAACAGUAACCUGGAAUUGUGAGCCACCAUAAAGCCUGCUUCCCCUAAGUUGCACAAAUGAAGGGUCAUCGAAGAUUGGUGGCAAGUGACUGGGAGAUGAGAAAACACAUCUAUCCCUUUCCAGUCCUCUGUAGGGACCAAGCUGAGACCCCAUGACCUUGGACUUCAGAUCCCCCCAACAGCGUGACAUAUUGCUACUGAGCUGCCUGGCUGGUGACAUUGUCUCACAGCUGGCCAACUCAGGAUUCAGGAGAGGGGUCAUGUGAUCUCUCCUCCACUUACGUAUGUGCUGAUGUGCAUGCAAGCAUGCAUGCGUGUAUGUGCACAAGUGUGGAGGUUGAUGGUUAACGGUCUUCCUCCAUUGAUAGUUCUCCACCUUAGUUCUUAAGGCAGGGUCUUUCACUGAGCCUAGCGCUCAUAGAUUCAACUAAGCUGGCUGGCCAGUGAGCCACAGGAAUCCACCUGUCUGUACCCCUCAGUGCUGGCAUUAAAGAUGCAUGCUUGGCACCCGGCUUUAAGAUAUCAAUAUUAUUUAUUCUUUCGGAAUUUCAUACAUGUAUACAAUAAAAUUUGAUCCGAUCCACCCUCUAAUUCCCCUUUCCAAAACCCUCUAUCAUGGCCCCCUGCCAACUCCAUGUCUUCUUAUUUUGCUAUAAGAGGCUGACUCCAGUUAUUAUAACUCAUAUCCACGAGUGUGGGGCUGGAGCAGUUGCUAAGCCCUUGAAGAAAACUGACUCCUCCCCCUGCAGCCUUCGCCUCCUAUCGUGGACGAGACUGGAGCCUGUGAACUCCUUCCCACUCCAUGCUGGAAUGAGGUCUGGCUUGACUGGGUGCAGGUAACCACAGCGGCUGAGGGAUCACAGGUACCAUGGUCAUGUCCAAAAGCCAGUGUUUCACAGUUCUCUUCUCCAUCUUCUGCCCGGCUUCCGUGAUGUUCCCUGAGCCGUGCAGGAGGGUUUGACGUAGAUGUCCCACUUAGGGUUGAGCACUCAGGAGAUCCUUUUUUUUUCCCCUGAGCACUCUGAGGUGCAAUGUGGGAGCUGAGGAUCCAAACUCAGGUCCUUGUGCUUACACAGGCACUGAGCCAUCUCUUCAGUCCUUAAAAGGACGAAAAAAAAUCUGUCGCUGGGAAAGGAAGAGCGGUGAGGUUUGCCCACUGCCAGCCCACAGACUGGAUGCAGCUUCCGGCUCCACUUCCUGUGCUGAGGGGUGGAGCGUGCAGCUUCUGUGAACGAAACUAGGGUGUCAGACAGAGCCUGUACGCCAAGUAAUAGGGGAGAGCAGACAGGCGGCGUGCACGGUGCAACUCUGCCUGCAUUAGCCUGCUGGACACCCUGCUCUCUCAUGCUCGCUAAAGACCUAUAUCCCAGGAGGCAGCGGUCCUGCCAUGAGACAGAAGUCCUGGAGGGCAGUGGGAGCCGAGGGGAUGUAUCUCCCAUUUUAAUCAUGUUUAAUGUGUGCAAAAGAGGGAAGCUUCUAGGAGGAUAAAAUAAAAACCCGAAAGCCGUUUUGAACCAGGUGUCUAAGAAGACUUCGGUUUCAGGGGCAGAUGCCUACGUGAAUGUGUGUCCCCAUUAUUAAAGUCACAAUGGCUCCCAUUCGGAAGAAUGCCGAAUGUCACUAGAACAUUCGAAAGACAAAACCCAACAAAAGAAAAAGCCAGGCACGACAGCAUGUGCAUGUAAUCCCUGCACACUGGAGGCCGAGGCGAAAGGAUUGAGAGUUUGAGGCUAGCCUGGGCUACGUAGGGAGACUCUCUCAAAAAAGAAAAGGAAACAAAACAAAGCAAAAAGCGCAGGCAGCCGUUAUCUUUGGCCCUGAAUAAGGCUUAAAAACGAUGAUUAACAUAAUCACAAAAGUAUGAUUUAAUCCGUGCUAGGUUAUAAAUAUUAAUUGGGAAAAGACGUUAUAUUGGGAACAUUAUUAUACACUAUCAUGUUAAUUUUAUGAAAAUCAGUCCAUGCCGAAGCACGCAUACUUUUCUUCUUUACUUUUCUCCGCUUUUGCUGGCAGUCUCGGUCUUACUGUGUGGAUAAACACUUCCUGUUUCAGCAGGUACCUCUGCCCGGGGUCGGGGGUGGGAUCCUCACACCACAGGGCCUUGUGAUUUCCCACAGAUAAGAAUCAGAGACUGCAGAAGCAGGAUAAGGGGUUGAGCCUGUAAGCUAGGUGCUUACAAUCAUAAUUGUGAUGAUGUGUGUAUGUGUGUGUGUGUGUGUGUGUGUGUGUGUGGGUGUGCAUGCAUGAGUACAUGUAUGUGCAUGUGUGCAUGUGUAUGUGGGAGUGUGUGUGUGUGUGUGUGUGUAGGGUAGAGGACAACCCUAGGUGGCAGUCCUUAGAUCCUGUCCACCUUAAUUCUUAAGACAAAGUCUCUCACUCUCUAGAGCUGGCCAACAGCCAGCAAACCCAGGCAUCCACCAUCUCCUCCCACCCCGACACUGAGAUAAAUGCGAGUGCCACCAGGCUGGGCCUUUUCUACAUGGGUGCUGAGUGUCUGAACUCAGGUACUAAUGUAGUGUGUUACCUAUGCUGGCUAAUUUGGGGCUCCUAAGACUGGUACCCCAGAGAUGAGAGAGUUCGCAGGAGUCUAUAAGUAAGAUAUUGAGCGACACUGCCCCAAGUUAAUUCUGGUUAGUGAAUAAAGAUGCCGACAGACAAUAUCUGGGCAGAAGAGACAAAGGUGGGGUUAAGGUUUGGCAGGCUUGGGAGAAGUCACCUUGGGAUAGAAGAAGAAAGGGCAGGGAGAGGAAAACAGAGAGCUGGGUUAUCUGAGCCAUAAAAAUGUAGCCCUGUGGAUUGGCCAAUUGGAGCAGCCCAAAUGGAACUUGGUAAGUAAUAACUUGGGUUAUCCAUGGAAAAAUAGAUUCUAACAGCAUGGAGGGCAGGCAGCUGCCCAGCUCUUGUGCUGCCUGAGGCCCUGCGUGCUUCAUUCUGGAGCAUAAAUGGCCUAAAGUGGGGAAGAAACCCCAUGCUAGGAUUCUUUUAAAAAAUAGUUUUUAAUACUCAUGUUUGUACACCAAACGUACACGUUUGUACUUUGCCGACAGACCAAGCCAUCUCCCCGGCACUAAAGACAGGCACUUUAGAACGGCACUAGACUUCAGUGCAAGGAAAAGCCACUCAAAUCUAAGAGGUCAGAAAUGGGCUGGUCUCAAACUCGCAACCCUCUUACCUUAGUCUCCUUAGUGCUGGGUCUGCUGUGUUCUGUAUCACCCUUAACCCCUUCAGGCCAUUGUAUGGUUGGUGUAGGUAAGGAGAGUUGGGGUAUAAGACAGAAAAUAACACGCCUGCAGGUGUGCCAGCAACUGGCAGGAGCUGGAACCCAAGUGUACUAAGCGUUGUGGAUCAAAAUGUCAAUUGCUGAACUGGCCCUGUGGGUCAGUGGGUAGAGAGCUUGCUUAGCACACGCAAAACCCUGCCUUCUCCGUACCUGGUAGUGCUUGCCUAUAAACACUGGGGAAGUGGAGACAGGGAGAUCAGAAAGUCUAAGGCCAUCCUGGGCUACAUAAGACCUACCCUAAAUGAAUGAAUGAAUGUGUGACUACAUAAAAAAAAAAGUCAGUUUCAAAGGAGUCUGGAAUUGGAAGCUUCAGUAGCAGAAUAACAAGCGGGAUUCACUGAUAAUGUCCUCGUCCGUCUACAACUGUCCCUGCCCUAUCCGCCCUUUCCCAGAAACCCAGGAGUUCUUACUAAAGGCAAAGCCAUGCUUUCAGCAGCCAGAGGGAUACGUUCUGAAGGCAUCCACACCACUUUCCUAAAGCUUCACUAACUAUACCAUUCAACACUCUGCUCCAGCUCCCACAAGACAGGUAAUAGCUGAAGGGCCUUUAUAGUUAAUUAUUUUAUUUACUAGUUGAUUAAAUGUAGCAUAAUGACAGUGAGUGUCACACGAGGAGGAGGUUAUGGUCCAAGAGAUCAAACAGGAAGUUGCAUUUGGAACCCAAUUCAGCUUGCACAGAAAGAUCUGGAAGCCUGGAGACGAGCCCGUCACUGUAAUCCAAGGAGAGAGCUGCAGGAUCGUUGCCCGCUUUUUAAUUUGUGAGCUUUGAGCGGAGCACACACAGCCUUGUUAGGGAGGUAAUAUGGGAUGAAACGGGACAUGGCGGUGUCAGGGAGAACAUGCCGUUCCUUAGUAAAGGUCUGAAGAGCCAUCAAGCUGAAUUAAUUCCUAAGCGACCCCAUGACAGAUUCUUGAUUAUGAUCCUCAAUUAGGGAAAAGCUUGGUCUCGCUUUUGUUUAAUGUCAGGGAGUUUGGAAGCCGUGGGGCAGAUGGCUGCCGAGAGUGCAGGGCAAGUGGGAAGGAAGAGGCUCCUUUAAGGCUGCUGCUGGGCUGUGGGGCCUUUCUCAAGGCUCUGUAGAGGAAGAGGGAGCACAGCCGUUCCUGCUUGAGUGUCAGGACCCUGGACAUGGGUAAAGCCAGCUUGGGUUGUAUGCAUUCAUCAUCCCUAGCUCUCCCAGGGUAAGAGGAGUAAGAGAGAAGAGCAUCCCCCAAAGACGAGGGGUCAGCUACCCUGGUGUCGCUCUGAUCUCUAUAUGCAUGACUGCAUUCAUAUACACAAAUGUGCACACACACUCAUGCACACACACACUGUCUCUCUACACACACACACACUCAUGCACACACACACACUCAUGCACACACACACUCUCUCUCUACACACACACACACACACACACACACAAGCAGAGGGAGAUAAAUGUGCCCUUGUGAAUGGGCACAGAUCGCAUGAGAAGUCACUUCUGCCCACAUGGUUAUAAAACACGCCCAAGGUUCCCAGUGUAGUUACAAGAUCAGAAAGACUUCUGGGACCCUUCUCAACUCCUGAAGUUUUCCUCUUUCAAACCCAGAGAAGAGUCAAGUGUCAUGGCACAGAACUGUCAUUCCAGGAGGCUGGGGCAGGAAGAUGGACCAUUUCAAGUCUUAAAAUGAGUCCAAGACCAGCCUGGGCACUGUAGAGUAAGACUGUCUCAAAUAAAAAGCAAAAUGAGGACUGAGGGAAUGGUUCAGUGGUAGAGCCCCUGCCUAGAAUCUCCCAGUGAGGGGCUGGGGCGUGGCUCAGUGGUAGAGCCCCUGCCUAGAAUCCCCCAGUGAGGGGCUGGGGUGUGGCUCAAUGUCAAAGUUUCUGCCCAGCAUACAGGAGGCCUUAAAUCCAAUUAGUGGAGGGCUGAAGAGCAUGGAGGAACAGCAAAACCCAUAACCGUUCCCAGCUUUAUCAUCAGUAGAGAUCCACAGAAUGUACUAUAGAAGGAAUGUUUAAUCACUUCCUGUCUCUUGGGGGCUUGCUGCAAUUACAUAAUCAAAGUGCAGCCUCGACUAGACCUCAAUUCGGGACAGCUUGCACAUAAUUCCCUAAAUAUGUCACUGUGAAAACCUCAUUAGAAAAGCAGAUUGCCAGCAAGUGCAGUGUCCAACCUCUGAAGUGUCACUCCAGUUCCAACAUGGAAGAAAACACUGACGUCUUCAGAGACCUCUCUUCUCAGCCUGCCAUGAAAGAGGCUGACUGGGAAAUAGUCUUUGCCUGUGUGCUGUGAGGAAGGGGGAGGGGCGCACCUCUAGCCAAGGUGUUAAAAGUUUUACAGAAGAGCGAAUUACUGUGUGCCUUACCUGUGAGGAGUUGUGGAGCCAGUGUCUCCAGCUUUAAUUACACAGCUGAAUGUGACAAGAUCGAUCUUGCAGUCUCUGAGCCAAAGAGCUUCUCCUCAGCUGCCGGUUUUGCUGGGUGUUUGGAGGACACUGGAGCCCACUCCAUGCCCUGGUUUUAAGGUGUAUUUCUAGUGUGGGAUUUCAGAAGAGCUGGAAACCAGACUUCUCCCAAAGAGCGGAGGAGCUGCGUCUUAGCACAUGAAGGAUGAGGCAGGAGGGUUGUGUUUUCGAGACCAUCCUGGGCUACGUAGCAAGAGUCCAUCUCAGAAUAAGUGGAAAAGCCCAGGGUAAUGAUGAAUCUUGGUUGCUGAUGUUGCUUGGUUUAAAAAGAAAGACAUUUAUUAUGUCAGUCAGUCAGUCAGUCUGUCUGGCUGGCUGGCUGGCUGUGUGUAUAUGUGCACAGUGCCCAUGAGCAUGCAUGCCACAUCAUGCCUAUGGAGUCACAGGACAACUUGCAGGAGUGGGUUCUCUCCUUCCACCAUGUAGGUUCUGGAGACUGAGCUCCGUUCACCAAGCUUGGCAGCGAGCGUCUUUGCCUGCUGAGCCACCUUGCCUGCUGCUCGCCUGUUCUUCAAUGUGUUGCUGUGUGUGUGUUUGUGUGUGUGUCUGUGUGUCUGUGCAUGUCUCUGUGUGUCUGUGCCUGUGUCUGUGUGUCUAUGUGUGUGUGUGUGUGUAUGUCUGUAUGUGUGUGUUUGUGUGUGGCCAUGUGUGUCUGUGUGUGUGUGUCUCUGUGUGUCUGUGCAUGCGUCUCUCUCUCUUUCUCUCUCUCUCUCUCUCUCUCUCUCUCUUUCUCUCUGUGUUUCUGUAUGUGUGUGUAUGUGUCCGUGUGUCUGUGUUUGUGUGUGUCUGUGUGUCUCUGUGUGUGUGUCUCUGUGUGUCUGUGCAUGUGUCCGUGUGUCUGUGUUUGUGUGUGUCUGUGUGUGUCUCUGUGUGUGUCUCUGUGUGUCUGUGCAUGUGUCUGUGUGUCUAUGUGUGUGUGCAUGCAUGUGUAUGUGUAUGUCUGCAUGUGUAUAUUUGUAUGUAUCCAUGUGCGUCUCUGUGUGUGUGUGUCUCUGUGUGUCUGUGUGUGUGUGUCUCUGUGUGUCUGUGCAUGCGUCUCUCUCUCUUUCUCUCUCUCUCUCUCUCUCUCUCUCUCUCUCUCUCUCUCUUUCUCUCUGUGUUUCUGUAUGUGUGUGUAUGUGUCCGUGUGUCUGUGUUUGUGUGUGUCUGUGUGUCUCUGUGUGUGUGUCUCUGUGUGUCUGUGCAUGUGUCCGUGUGUCUGUGUUUGUGUGUGUCUGUGUGUGUCUCUGUGUGUGUCUCUGUGUGUCUGUGCAUGUGUCUGUGUGUCUAUGUGUGUGUGCAUGCAUGUGUAUGGACUUCUCAGGACCUUUGUGCAGUACUCAUUGGCUCUGCUGGUGGAAGUGCAGGGAGCCAGAGGGGGGCUGGGCGGUGCCUGGAGAGCUCCAUGGGGUCUGUGGUCGUGCCACCCAGCAGUGAGCAGGGGCAGGUGACACACUGGCAGAAGCUCACGGUGCAUGGCAGCUGA